UGUAAUGGCGACAAAUGCGCGUUCUGCCUCAAAACCGAGGAUAGUCAAACUAGGAACUAGGGAGGUAGAGUUUCCCUCUCCCUACCUCCAGGAGCUCAAAGACUCCAACCACCUGCUGGGGGAUGUGGAGCUGUUAAGACAGGAGUUUCACAAUCAGGGGUAUCUCUUUAUCCGAGGCCUCCAUUCCCGAGAAGAUGUAUUAGAUGCAAGGCUUGCAGUUCUGCAGUAUAUCAGAGAUCUUGGUGAAGACAAACUGUCUACAGAGUACCCCUUAGAAGAUGGUGUUCUCAACCCGCGCUGUGGAAAAGGAUGUGUGCCGUUUAUGGAGGGGAAGAAUAACAUUACGCACAGCGACCCUGUUCGAAAAGUGAUUGAAGGAAGGAGACCUUUUCAGUUCUUUAAAACAUUAAUUGGAGCAGAACCGAAAACCUUUGAUUUUAAAUGGCUGAGAGCAAUCCAUCGAGAGGGGUACACAGGCGUGCACACUGAUUACGUUUACAUGUCACGUGGCACCCACCAGUUGUACACCAUGUGGACCCCCAUUGGUGACGUCACCUUAGAGAUGGGGACACUGUGUGUCUGUGAGGGGUCCCAUAGAUUACCAGGAUUCAAACAUUUCCAAGAAACGUAUGGCUCUUGUGAUAUCGAAAAAGCUAACCUUGUUGGUACUGGAUGGUUUACCAAUGAUCCUUAUGAAAUCACAAGUAAAUUUGGCGGCCAGUGGAAAACGGCAGACUUCAAGGCCGGAGAUGUCCUCAUAUUUGGCUUGAGGACAGUUCAUAUGUCCACUGUCAACACAACGCAUUUUGCCAGGAUAAGCUGCGAUACGAGAUGGCAGGCGGCGCAUUUAGACUUUGACCCUCGCUAUGUUGGCGAUAUUGGGGAGGUAGACGUCAAGUACGGUUUGUACACCGAAGAUAAUAAAAAAAUACAAGGUAUAGUAACGAUGGAAAAGCUGAAGUCAAUGUGGGGAUUUAAUUAAAUGAGGCGGCCAUGAUUUUUUACACACAUUGUCUAAUGUUUGGAACUGCAGUGAACCUGCAUUGGAAGAGGAGGGUACCUUCAACUUAGGUACCAACUAUGCAAGAAACAGUGCAAUUGCGCCUUGUAGUAGACCAGGAUAUAAGUUGCAUCUGUUUGUGGCAUACAAGUGGCAUAAAGACCUCUCCUUCCCAUCUCAAAUAUGGUUAUGUUAUGCUACAUGCUGGGACAACUUACUGUAACUUUCACAUAUUGCAGUAAGUUUAUUCCUUUUUUCUCACGUCUUAAUUGUAGUACAAAAUGACUCAGUGCACUGUAAUUAAAUGUCAUUUUUUCAUUGGUAAUAAAGCAGUGGAAUGGA